AAAAUCUGCACCCUUUCUGUCUGAUUAAAACGUUUGUCCGCAGGGGUUAACUUAUCUUUCAGUUAAUCAUCACUGACAGAAGAUAAUAGCUGAAAUAACCAAAUCCUGCUCACUGAAGACUGACAGUAGUGUGUUGAAAUGAAAGUUGAAUUUGUUGAUUUAAUGGUAGUAGAUUGCAUUACAUGGAUAUAGUAUUCAAACUUAAAAGCCAAGUUACUGUUAACUGGGUUAAGAGUUGGUUGAUUCUCAUCACAUCGAGUCAUGUUAAUCUUAUUUCCGCGUCAGUUCCCUAUGACAUUGUUUAAGCACAUGUAGAGUCUCGGUGGGAAACCAGCUUGAGCAGGUUGUUUGGCUGGUUUCGAGCCAAACAACCUGCGUCUGAGCUUUCGUUUUGCUUCUUGAAGUAACGAAGGAGGAAAUACUAUCUUAAUGUUUGGACAAGCGCUGUGUGUUUCAUUUUCUUUCAAUCUGGAGGUGCAUCAAUUCCUGUCAGUAUUACUUCCCCCAUUGCACAGAUAGGUGUGCCAUUUUGAUUGGUAAUUUAGAUAAAAACAGCCAGGGAGGUUUGAGUUAGAUUGUCACAACUGAAAAAUAGGUCCUGUCUUAAACAGCUAUUGCAUGACAAAAAAUAUUUGCCAAAUCAUUUUCAUUUGAAUAUGAAUAAUAAGCAUUUCAGAGUUAUGCUUAUCCACAGCUGUAGGAGUGAGCAAGAGGUGUUGUCUUUUUUAUAGAUUUUGAGUGGCUAUAAUAACACUGUUUUUUUGUAAUGUGAUGGGAUAACGGAUGUAAAUACCCAAGAAGGAUCAUAAUUAAGCAAAUAAUUAAGCAUUCCUCCAAAUAUGAAGGUCAACAUGUUUUUCCUUAUGUUUGUGUGUAUGUGUGUGCAAUUAAUGUGCGAAGCCAGGUUAAUUCUGAAGGGUGUGUUAGUCAGUGGUGAGACCAGUCUGACAUGUCUGGCCUUCCUUUUACACCCACAAAUUAGAGCUCCUCCCUCCGUCUUACAUGGUUCUCAGGUGACAGCAAAUUGAUAGAGGAACAACUACCUUUAUACACCAGGUCUCUCACAAAACAGCGUUUUUUCAGAACUCCUCAUCAGCCUAGCAGUUUGAGGAUCACAUUUUUACGCACGCUCACGCGCACACAGCUCAGAAGGAGGAACAAAAAACGGUCAUCAAAAUGCCAGCCAGCCUCUGUGGUACAUGGGACAUCAUCAGCAAUGACAACUUAGAUGGCUACAUGACUGCAAUGGGUAUCAGCCCUUGCUUACAAAAGAUUGCUCUGAAGCUAAAGCAGAGGAAGGUGAUUGAGCAGCGGGGGGACAAGUACACGAUCAAAACUGUCUGCACCAUCCGAAGCUACACCAUCUCCUUCAGAGCGGGUGAGGAGUUUGAGGAGAUUACGCAGGGACUGGACAACAGACAUCUCAAGUCACUGGUGACAUGGGAGGGGAAUAAACUGGUCUGUCAGCAGACUGGAGAGAAGAAGAACCGGGGCUGGGCUCACUGGAUUGAAGAGGACAAGCUGUAUCUGGAGCUGUACUGUGAAGGAGAAGUCUGCACGCAGGUUUUUAAGAAGAAAGGGAAUGAGUGAAGAGAAAUGAAAGAUGUUCUUCUGAAGAAGUUCCUCUGUGAUGACAGGCAUCGUGUAUUCGAUUCACCACUCUAAUCUCUGAAUAACUAAACCACACUAAAUUAAAUUACAUGUGUGGUAUUUUCUCUGUAUUGUGACUUCAAUGCUCGGUUCAGGAGAAAAUGCAUUUCCUGUGAGGGUGUGGAUUUACACCACUAGAUGGCAUCACUGCAUUAUUUGUGUCAGAUAAUGUCUGGUCUACACUGGUUUGUAGCUCAGUGGUGCUUGGCUCGGAUAAAAAGUAAAACUGAGCAUCAAGCCUGUUUUUGUCACCUUUAAUCUGGUCAAUGUAGGCUCUAUUAAGUGCAAGCUUUUUAGUUUCUUCCAUAUCUCUAUAGUCUGAUGAGACACAUUUGAAAUAUAUUUCCUUUGCAACUGGCUUGUGCUGACCAUCUGACAUUUGGUUGAGCUAUUCGUAAAAAAUAAAAUAUCUCAUUGAUGCAGAUACAUGUAUACCCAGUUGUACAACAGAAAGUGAGGCGUAGGGUAUGAAUACAGAAUAAUUUGAAUUUUGUACAGCCUAAUAAAAUGAGUUUUUUUUGUCAUUAUAUCCUUGGAUUGUGUGCUAUUAGGAUUCUCUCACUCAUAGAUCUGACCUGUGUCAUUCAUCCCACAGGUGAUGAUGGAGGCAGCAACUGUGAUAUAAUGAAUCUGUGAUAUAAUAUGUGGUAUAUUGUAGCUAAUCUGCCAUCUAUAGCUUCAAGAGAUGGUACUUACUCCCAACAACCAUAGAGUUCAGGAGUUCCCCUAAGAACUGAGCUACUUACUGAGCUACCACCACUUACAAUUCAUGCCAUUGUCUAUAGGUUUAUGUUCACAUGUAUAUGUAUA